GACAACGCUCAGCAGCCUUGUAAUGCAAUUCCGGGUAAAGGAAGGUUCCUUUGGUUCCUAGGUCCUAACUCUUCCCAAUUCGGCUAUUUCGGCGAAGUUAAAUUGGACAUUUGAAAAGAAAAAAAUCAAUAAAUAACCACAAUUACGAGCAAUUCAUUUGGAACUAUGGCAGUGAACACGGGCACGUCUCUGGUGCUGUCCAGCCUGCUGUCGGUGUUGGUGUUUGCCGGCAUGCAGAUGUUCAAUAAGCAGCUGGCAUCCACAGAGUGGCUCACCAUUCUGGGGGGCUUCCUUGGCUCUGUGCUCUUCAUCUGCUCCCUCACCGCAUUUAGCAAUCUGGAAAAUCUGUUUUUUGGGAAAGGGUUUCAAGCUAAGAUCUUCCCAGAAAUUCUGCUGUGCCUCUGCCUGUCGCUCUUUGCAUCCGGCCUGGUUCAUCGCGUGUGUGUCACCACAUGCCUGAUCUUCUCUCUCUUCGCCCUGUAUUACAUCAACAAAAUAUCAGCCGCCCUCUACCAGGCGGCGGUGCCCACGGCGGUGCCGGCCAAGAUGGCCACCAAGGGCAAGAGGAAGAACUGAUGAAUGAAAACAGAUGUCCCACUUUUGACAGAAACUUUCAUUGGCCAUAUCCACAUUCCAUUCUGGAGAUUAGGACUGCACAUCAUAGUCGUACGCCACAAGUCGUUUUGUUAUUAAAUUAAAAAAGAAAAAAACAUUGAAUGUGUUUUGUCUCUUUCAGACGGCUCUUUUCUGCUCCUCAGGUAUGUCAAGGCACAUUUGGAAGGGUUUGGUGUAAAAGGAUUUUCCUUACCAAAUGCCUCAAAUGAUAAAUUAGAACAGAGACUGUGCGAUAGCCAAGUAUGACAUCAUCACCUCAACAAAUCAUUGCUGUACAAUGAAAAACAAAUAUCACCCAACUUUUGGAGGUUCUCUUUUUGUGUCCUUAAAUAACACAAAUAGGAAGCACCAGUGCUAAAAUUAAUUAAUAGUAAAUUCCACUGGCCGUGGCACACUACCACAAAGAAGCUGACGUCACAUCUGGCUAUUGUUGUUUGGCUGCUGGAACUUUGUCAGCUGACUUUUUUUUAAAUAACACUUCCACUGAUAUUCAUUUGAAAAUGAAGACAAAAGUGACUUAUUCUUGACUUCCUGUUGAUGCUAAGUAACAUGUGUUAAAAUACUUUUGUCUGAGUUGAA